AUGGAGUUAGUGAGCUCUAAACGGAACCGUGAGGAGGAUAUCCGCCCUGGUUUAAAGAUGAAUCCUCACUCUGGUCUGCCCUUUUCUCCCAGAUAUUUCGAACUUUUCAGGAAAAGAUGCCAGCUCCCUGUCUGGGAUUAUCAGGAAAAGUUUCUAGAUCUCUUGGCUCGACACCAGAAUAUUUGUUUAGUCGGAGAAACAGGUUCUGGAAAGACGACCCAGAUCCCCCAGUGGUGUGUAGAUUUCUCUAAAUCUAUGGGGAAAAAGACAGUCGCCUGUACUCAACCCAGGAGGGUGGCAGCUAUGUCUGUUGCGCAGAGAGUAGCAGAAGAGAUGGAUGUAUCCUUAGGUCAGGAGGUUGGGUACUCUAUCAGGUUUGAGGAUUGUUCUGGGCCUAGAACUCUUCUCAAGUACAUGACUGAUGGUAUGUUGCUGAGAGAAGCUAUGAGUGAUCCAAUGUUAGAGAACUAUCAGGUUAUAUUGCUUGACGAAGCUCACGAAAGGACUCUAGCAACUGAUAUUCUCAUGGGGGUGCUCAAGACUGUUGUUACCCACAGGUUGAUACCUUUCCAACUCUACCAAAAAAAAAAAAAUAAAUGUCCAUUAUUUUUAAUCUUGAUUCACUGGAUAUUCGCAAUUAUUGAAUAUAAUAUACUCUGUAUAUUAAUGUGAUAUAUGCAACCAUAUGAAUAUCAUGACAACAAUCGGAAAUUUUCUAUGUACUUCGCCAGGAGUCCUGAAAAUAAUCCUAAAAUAAACAUAAACAUAAACAGA